AAAAUUAGUGAAACUCUGUUGUCCUUUUUUAUACUCUGUCCAGUGAAUGAAAAAAAGAGUUUGGGAUAGAAAGUCACAUUUGCUCACGAGAUUCUAUCUACCUCUAAAAGUUUCCUUAUUAAAAUAAAAUAAACCCUCUCACUUCCUGUGAGUUCAGUUCUCACUUCUCACAUCGUCCACCUCUUUCUUUCAUCAUUUCCAUACUUUACUUUUUCGUGCACCCAAAAUAUCUCUCUCUUUGCAUUUUCCUUUCCCUUGUUUUGUCAGUGUACCCAAAGCUUUUAUCUCUGAUCUAAACAAAUUCAGUUGCACUUACCAAACACAACCCAACAUAUCAGGUCCAUUUUUCCUGCACAACAACAACAGUAACUGAAAUGUUGGGUAGAUCAUAUCAUGUCACUUAACAAAAACCCAUCAUCUCAAAAUCUCCCAUCAGCUAAGUUCGAGAAACCCAGUUGAGAAAACAAAAGUUUGAGUGAAGUUGUUGUCAGAAAGUGUAUAGUUGAAAUUCGAAACGUAGCAUGAGAGAGUACAAUUACAAUUACAAUAUGCAUCAGAGGUUUGAGUGGUGUUAUUUCUUGCCAAGGUCGGGGCUUUAUCGUCACUUCGCAGACAUGAUCUGGCGGCCAUUUACGAAGGCUCCUGCCCGAUCCUCUGCUUUCUUCAUCUUCCUCUUCUUCCUGAUCGCCGGCGCGUUUGUCUUCACGCGCGUGCUCUACACCACUGGUAUAGCUGACAAUUCGGCACCAAAAUCAAAACUAACUACUAUAACAUCCCACGUAUACCCUCAAAGAAUCCCCAAAAUUCCUAAAAAGCCCUUAGAGCCAAUUGCGAUCCCACUAAACUGUACAGCUUACAGCCUCACACGAACCUGCCCUUCAAACUACCCAACCACGUUCAACACAGAAGAAGAUCCUGACCGUCCAUUACCACCCACGUGUCCCGAGUACUUCCGUUGGAUCCACGAAGAUCUACGGCCCUGGGCCCACACUGGGAUCACGAGGGACAUGUUGGAAAGGGCUAAAGCGACAGCAAAUUUCAGGCUGGUGAUAGUGAAGGGCAAGGCUUACGUGGAGAGAUUUCAUAGGGCGUUUCAGACUAGAGACGUUUUUACGCUGUGGGGGAUCCUACAGUUACUGCGGAGGUACCCUGGGAAAAUUCCUGACUUGGAGCUGAUGUUUGAUUGCGUUGACUGGCCAGUCAUCAAAACGAAGGACUAUCAAGGGCCCAAUUCCACAAACCCACCUCCGCUGUUUCGGUACUGUGGGGAUGACGAUACACUGGAUAUUGUUUUCCCUGAUUGGUCCUUUUGGGGAUGGGCUGAGGUCAAUAUAAAGCCUUGGAAACAUUUGUUGAAUGAUCUAAAAGAAGGCAACAAGAGGAUGGGAUGGAUGGCAAGGGAACCUUAUGCUUACUGGAAGGGUAAUCCAUCGGUUGCUCUAAUCAGGCAAGAACUCAUGAAAUGUAAUGUCUCUGACAAUCAAGACUGGAAUGCUCGUGUAUAUGCUCAGGAUUGGAUCCGAGAAUCACAGGAAGGAUACAAACAGUCAGAUUUGGCUAGCCAAUGCAAUUAUAGGUAUAAGAUUUAUAUCGAAGGCUCUGCCUGGUCUGUCAGUGAAAAAUACAUUCUUGCUUGUGAUUCUGUUAGCUUACUUGUGAAGCCCCACUACUAUGAUUUCUUCACAAGAGGUUUGAUGCCAGUGCACCACUACUGGCCUGUAAGGAAUGAUGACAAAUGCAAAUCUAUAAAGUUCGCAGUUGACUGGGGCAACAGCCAUAAGCAAAAGGCACAAGGAAUGGGAAAGGCAGCAAGUGAAUUCAUUCAAGAAGACUUGAAGAUGGAAUAUGUAUAUGAUUACAUGUUUCAUCUUUUAAAUGAGUAUGCUAAGCUCUUAACAUUCAAGCCCAUUAGACCCAGAAAAGCUGUUGAAGUCUGUGCAGAGACAAUGGCUUGUCCAGCAGCAGGAGUGCAGAAGAAAUUUUUUAUGGAAUCCAUGGAAAAUGGUCCCACGUACACUAGCCCAUGCACUAUGCCUCAUCCAUAUGAUCCUCCAUCUCUUCAUGCAUUUCUGCAGAGAAAGGAAAAUUCAAUAAAACAAGUGGAAUUGUGGGAGAAGAAUUUUUGGGAAAAUCAAAAUAAGCUGAUAUAGGAGGUUUCUUUUUCUAUUCUUAUUUAUACACAUUAAUGUAUAUUUUUUUUAGGAGUAAGUCACAGCUCAAUUAUUUACUCAUAUAUGUCCCAUUUUGGAUGGUGUUUACAGAAGGAAAAAAAAAAAAAAAAUCCACAAAAUAAAUGUAUCACUA